UUCAAGUCUAGCUGCACGUACACGAGAGUGGAGUUGGAGUCGUCGGCAUUCAAUUUUUCGUGACGCUAUUUUUUCGGUUUUUGGCUUUAACACAAUCUUCAAUUUUUUGGAAACAGCCAUAACUCAAAUUCAUUUGUGAUAUUAAAUUCUCAAAAUUCAAAAAAAAAAAUCUGCCCGAAACAUAAGAAAUCCUCAAAAUUCAAGUGUAUGAAAUUCAAAAUAUAACACUGUCUUUUAUGAAAAGGUUAUAUUUUUCAACAAAAUAUUCAAAAUAUUAAGUGAUUAUCUAUAACAAAGAAAAGUGCUUGAAAAUCAAAUAAAUCAAGAUGAUGCAGCAAAGUGCAUUAAUUUUACUAACCAUCAUCACGUUCACCUGCUGCAGAGUGACAUUGGCCUGUCAUGGAAAGUUAAUAGCAUCGGGCAUCACAGCGGAGGAGAAAUCAAUCAUCAUGCAGGAACACAAUCGCCUCAGACAAUUGGUGGCCACCGGACGGUAUCCCGGCCAGCCAGGUGCCGAGAAUAUGCGUGAAAUUGUCUGGGAUGAUGAGCUUGCAGCCCGUGCCCAGCAAUGGGCGGAUAAUUGUCAAUUUCGUCACGAUCCCCAUCGGACAAUAAAUCGCUUCACAAUGGGUCAGAAUUUAGCCAUCAUUUGGAGCACAGCACCACUGGAAGCCGAUGAUGGCGAUUUCCCGUCACGCAUUCAAAACUGGUUCAAUGAAGUGCAGAAGUACUCCUUUGGCGAUGCCUGGUCACCCAAGACAGGUCACUAUUCCCAGCUAGUGUGGGGAGAGACAAGUCUGGUGGGCUGUGGCUUUUCCGAAUAUAAGGAUGCCAGCAAGUACAACAAGCUCUAUGUCUGCAACUAUGGACCAGGUGGCAAUGUGGUCGGCUAUAAUCCUUAUGAGGUGGGAAAGCCAUCUUGUUCAACAUAUGGCAUGAAACCAUCUUCACGGUACCAGGGACUUUGUGCCGCACCAGGCUCUUCGCCAGCCAUUAGCAACAGUGUCUAUGAAACGUAUGAUUACAGCUACAACUCAGCUUUAACCAGCAACAACAAGCCGACUAACAACAUUAACAAGAGCCCACAAGCUACUACCAACAACGACUAUAACAAACCAUCUGCAUACCCCCCACAGCCAGCCUCAGCAGCCGCAGCGUCCGCGACGUCGUCGUCCGGCGGUUCCUCGUUUGGUACCGCAACGCGUGGCAGCAGUUUCGCCUACACCACAGAGAGGAAUCAGCAGGCGCAAUGGCAAUCCGGCAAAUACAAACCCAAACUCGAGGCAUAUCGCCCAAGCGCUGCGGAGUUUGAGAAGUCAGUACAUAAGCAUACCAUACUACGCACCUAUAUAGACCAGAAUCGGAAUCAACAGAAGGAGCAGGAACAGCAGCAGCAGGCAGUGAUUUCAGAUACUCCCAGCACCCAGAAACCCCAACGGGGCUGGAGCCUAUUGACGUGGCGCGGUUGAUAAUGAUGACAUUCUCGUCUAAUCGGAAAAUCCAUUAAUAAUUUUGCCGUUCAAUGUAUUAGGCCAGCGCCCGCAGUAAUAACUACUAUGUAGUGCCAUUUUACCCCACUCCCCACUCACCCACUGUCAUCAUUGAUUCCGGCCGUUCUUCCUUACCCAUACUCUCGCCUUUAUUACUUUUGUGUAGAUCUUAGCAAAUUGUAGGCUCGUAUUGCAACAAAACAAGAAAAACCCAUUUGCCAUAUGUUGCACGUUAAUUAAUGUAUUCUAUGCGUAUGUAAAUUAUUUGUGAAUCGUUUUAUUUUCGAAUUUCCGCCAGUUCAUCACAUUUGGAGGCAUGCCAGAGACGAAUGUUUGUAUCAAAUGUUUGAAACUUCACAGCUCCAGCAAAAUCAAUUAACCAAUUGUUAAGUCGGCAUUCAACAUAAAUCAGCUAGUUGUAGUCAUAGAUUUCAUCAUAAUAAAAAACACUAAAAUGAAUUUGUAAA